AUAUAUAUAUUUAUUACGUUAAAAAUUAAAUUGUCAAAAUACAAUAAAAUAUAUCUUAAUUAAUAUUCACAUCUAUAUUAAUUCUUUAUAUCACAUUUCUUUAAUUCGAUUUAUUGUACGUGUUUUAUAAAAUAAUUAUAAAUAACAUAUUUUAUAAGAAUUAAAAUAUGAAUUUAAAAAAUGAAUUCUGAUGAAAACAUUAAAAUGGAUAGAAUGAAAACUAUUUUUCGAGAAAAAAAUAUAAAUAAUAUGAAUAAUAUUGUUAAUUUGGAAAAUGAUGAAAAAAAGCCGAAGAAAAAAAUAAUUAUAGAAGUAGAUGAAGAUGAUCCAUGUCUUAAAGAUAGAGAUUUAAUAGAAGAAAAAGAAGAAGUUACAGAUGUUACUUUCGGUGAAGAUCCAAGAUUUCAACAACAGAAUCAAACGAAACGUUGUUUUAUAAUGUACGCUGAUUUCGAUCGUUGUGAAAAAAUUUUAGGAAAAGGAACAACUACAUGCGCAUGGUUCAAACAAGUUUUUCAAUCUAUUUGUCCAAACGAUUGGAUUCAUCGAUGGGAUGAACUUAAAGCUCGGGGCUUAAAAUUGUAACAGAAAUAUAAUUAAAAAAAAUUUUAACAAAGUUAAAAAAAAUUUUUCGUAAAUAAAUAUAUAACUUAAGUAGAAAAUAGUAAUUUUUUUGUUAUACUUAUAACAAAACUUAAUUUU